AUGACAUUCGAACUCAGCGAUGAAUUCUACAUUGGUUCCAUAUAUAAAACAUACAUUAUUCUGAUUCGCAAAUCUGAUUCGUUGACCGAUCGGAACAAUCUGUUGACAGCAGUGUCUCGUAUAUUAGGCCACAAAGACUUAGAGAAGUUCGACGCGAAGACCUGUUUGUCAGAACUGGAAAUGGAUUCACUGCUAAGCGUUGAGACAAAACAAGUGAUCGAAAGGGACUUUGAGUUAGUUUUGUCCACUCAGAAGAUCCAGAACUUGACGAUUGAACGCAUUCGACAGAUCGACUCUUCGGCGCCGACGGCCAGUAAUGGUAGCGAAAAGAAGACAUCGGCGGAGGCGGCGAUCAGUGAUGAAUCGCCCAAAACUCACGACAUAACCGAUACAUCCGUCGUGUCGGCCGACAAACGAGGCCGAAAAGUGUUUUACUUACCGCCGACUGACGGCACUUACCAUCUGUUCGUUCCGGUGGCCACUCGUAUGACACGACCCGUGAUUGGACUCAAUUGGACCGAAGAGUGUCUUCAAUUUGGAUCAAUUCGAGAGACGGCGCAACACUUUCUGGACGUAAUCCACAGCGAGUUUACCAACCAAUUGGACGACGGGUUUGAUUUGUGUAGCUAUUCAUACGGCGUGUUUGUGGCUUACGAUAUGUAUCUGGCGCUACAGCGGGCAGCGAGUAGUGGUUCGGUGUCUGGAGAUCAACCUUUUCCAGAGGCGAAGCUCGUGGCUCUGGACUUAUGUCCGGUACAGAACCGCAAAGAUGUGGUUUUGUCUUCUGCCGCCACUCAACAUAUAUUCAACGGCGACCAGAAGUUGAGUUUAUUGUUCUCGUUUCUAAAGGACAAGACAUCGAUUCAGUCGCAAGAGUUGAUCCAAACGGUGACGGGUGUGGAGCGCAGUCUAUGGGAGCGAGUGGUGGCCGAGUUGUUGAUAGAGCGCAUCGGCGACCCGUGUUUGGCACCAAAUCAGGUGAUGUUUGCCGUGAAGACACACGUCCACAAAAUGCAACACAUGAUUGACUAUACAAUCGGUGGCAAUGUACUGCUAAUACGGGCGGACCAGCCUCUGGUCGGCGUCGGUGAGACUAACCGUGAGUCCAGGCAUACCGUAAAACACGACUACGGUUUCAGUGAGGUUUGUCCCAAUGGGUCCGAACGUAGUAUCAUAUCAAAUGAGUUCAGGUCUAGUGGUUUAAAUGGAGUCUCGGGUUUGAAACCGGAAUCGGGUUACGACAUAAAGUCAGGAUAUGAAUGUCUAAUAAUUAGCGGCAAAUGUAUUGUUCACAUAUUGGAUGGAAAUCACAAAACAUUUUUGGCCGAUAAUCCGCACCACAUCUCCACAUAUAUCUGUAAUAUUGAAAAUUACAGAGUAUUGGCUUUUGACCAUUUCUUUGGCAUCAUUUUAGAUAUAAUCGCCACAAAUGUAUAG